CUCGGCGGCGACCACUGCGCAGGUCGGACCUCGUUCCCUCGUAACUCGCUCCGCUUCCUCUGCAGCCAUGUCUGACAAACCCGAUAUGGCUGAGAUUGAGAAAUUCGAUAAGUCGAAACUGAAGAAAACAGAAACGAAAGAGAAAAAUCCACUGCCUUCACAAGAAACGACUGAACAGGAGAAGCAAGCAGGCGAGUCGUAAUGAGGCGUGCGCCGCCAAUAUGCACUGUACAUUCCACGAGCAUUGCCUUCUUAUUUUACUUCUUUUAGCUGUUUAACUUUGUAAGAUGCAAAGAGGUUGGAUCAAGUUUAAAUGACUGUGCUGCCCUUUUUCACAUCAAAGAAUGGAGAACUACUGACAACGAAGGCCGCGCCUGCUUCCCAUCCACCUGUCUGGCUGGCAGGGAAGGAAAAGAACUUGCAUGUUGGUGAAGGAGGCUGGGUGGGACGACAGUGAAAUCUAGAGUAAAGAGCAAGCUGGUCCAGGGUGUCCUGCGGGCUGUAAAAUGCAGUUUAAUCAGUGCCAUUUUUUUUUGUUGUUGUUCAAAUGAUUUUAAUUAUUGGAAUGCACAAUUUUUUUAAUAUGCAAAUAAAAAGUUUUAAAACCUGAAAAAAAAAA